AUGAGAGAAGGAGUUAUAGCAGACAGUGUAGGAGGGUAUGAGAGAGAGGGGCUAGAUCCAUCCUAUCCCAAUGUUGCCUUCGAUGCUGUUCUGUCCAAGAACUACGUUCAUGGUGAGCAAGAUUUUGUUUUGAAAUUUGAUCAAGUACUGACAAAUGUUGGAAAUGCAUACAAUUCUGCGACCGGAACUUUCACGGCUCCUUUUCCCGGAACUUACUUAUUCAGCUGGAACAUCCGGUCUGGGUAUGUUUCCUCUAUCGUAGCCAAAUUAAUGGUAAAUGGUACUCCAGUGCAGGCAACUCAUACUGACAGCAGUCUCAACCAAUCACAUGGCUUUGAAGCCCAUUCUUCUAAAACUGCUAUCCUCAAUCUACAACAAAAUGACAGAGUUUAUAUCGAAAACUUUCCCCAGCGCGGACAAAUGCAUAGUGAUGCUAAUGGACAUACAGGAUUUGUUGGAACCCUCCUUUUUCAAAGUGAAUAA